CGGCCCAGCCCGGCCCAGCCCAGCCCGGCUCGGCCCGUGGCUGCCCCGCCCCGCGUGGUGCCGGCGGGCGCUGCCCGGCCCCGCGGCGUCGCUCCCGCCGAUGCUAUGCGAAAGCCAGAGGUGUCCGCAUCCUACCAGGAGAAAUUCCAACAAUUGCAAGUUGAGAGCAUGUUUGGAAAUUGAACCACUGUUUUAACUACACAGCUGAGUGAAGAUGUGGAGCGAGUAUCUGAAAAUCCAACAGAGGAGAGAGAAGGAGAUAUGGAAGUUCAUGAAGAUUCCAGCUCUGUUAUUUUACCAGAUGGUGAGCUGGGUACCACUGGCCCUUCUUUACGUUUCAGCAAGACCUGCCUAAAGAAUGUUUUUUCAGUAAUACUCCUGUUUAUUUAUCUGCUGCUCAUGGCUGUAGCUGUAUUCCUUGUCUACCAAACCAUCAGUGACUUCAGGGAGAAGCUCAAGCACCCAGUGAUGUCUGUCACUUACAAGGAAGUGUCCUUGUAUGAUGCACCUGGUAUUGCCUUUUACCCAGGCAAGGCUCGGCUGCUUAGCUGCAAACAUCAUUACUAUGAUCACAUUCCACCUCUGAUAAAUCCAGGUCAGCCGGGAGACAUUGAAUGCACCACUCAGAGGAUCAACUACACAGAUCCUUUUACUAAUCAAACUAUGAAGUAUGCUUUGGUUGUUCAAGGCCCUCGUGAUGUGAAGAAAAGGGAGCUGGUGUUUUUGCAGUUCCAUUUAAAUGAAACAGACCAAGAUUUCAGUGCCAUUGACUACCUGCUGUUUUCUUCCUUCCAAGAGUUUGUCAGCAGUCCAGAAAAAGCAAAAUUCAUGAAGGACUGUGAAAGCUCAUACUCCAGCUGGAAGUUUUCUGGAGGCUUCCGAACCUGGGUCAAGAUGUCUUUGGUCAAAACAAAAGAAGAAGAUGGUAGUGAGACUGUUGAAUUCAAACAAGAGACCAGUGUGGUUAACUACAUUGACCAGAGAACUAAACCAAGGAGUGACCAGCUGUUCUUUGUGGUGUUUGAAUGGAAAGACCCUUUCAUACAGACUGUUCAGGACAUUAUCACAGCAAAUCCCUGGAACAUGAUUGCUCUUCUUUGUGGUAUCUUUCUGGCCCUGUUUAAGGCAGCAGACUUUGCUAAGUUAAGUGUUAAGUGGAUGAUCAAAAUCCGAAGAAGGCAUCUGAAGAGGACUCGUCAAGUAACGAACCACAUAAGCUGAGACUAAGACUGCCUUUUAACUGUUCAUAGCAGGAGGGAUAGAAAAUAACUGGAAUAAACUGCAAUCAGCAGUUAAAGCUGAAAACCAGGUAUGCUUUCUUCCAGAGAGAUGCUGGCUGGAGGAACAGCCUAGUGAACCGGCCUUGGAACUGCAGAAGGUGCUAACUCUAGGACAGGUCUAACAAACUCACGCUUUUCUAGUCCCAAGUUUAACAAGUUUACCUCCGUGUAUGGGGGAACCGGGGGAAAGGAGGGAACUCAGUAAUGUUCAGAAAGUCAUCGCUGUAGUAAAUUGUGACAAAGUGGACAGUGUUUGAAUGUUUCUCCAACAGACCAUUUAGUUUCUGCAUCAGCUGUGAGCUGCUCCCGUAGCACAGUCACUGCCUUGAUGGUGGUUAGUGGAAGGUAAAGUGUUCUGAAAACACCCUGGCCUCUCUUCUCCAAAGUAAAUUUUAAAACAAAAUACACUGGAAUUCUAUUACUUGUCAUCUUUAAAUCAAAGUACAAUGACUUUAAUAUUAAAAAAUACUUCAAGUAAUCUAUUGUGUGCCUUCUUUGAAACUACCUGCUCUCAGGUUGGGAAGGAGCUCUACAGGAGGCAGGAGUGCUGUGGCAGGAGGAGAAGGUGAAAACCACAGAUCAGUCCAGCUCAAAGGAAACUCAAGCAACAGGACAACGUGAGGGGGCUGAGCUGGUGGCUGAUCUCAGUCUGUCUCAGGCUGUUUAUCCCUCUUUCUGGCAGUCUUUCCUAAGGAAGUGAAAAAUAAUAAUCUUUAAUCAGCAGGGCAUGGAACUGUGAUUCUCUGUUCUAUGGGGAAUGCCUGCUCACCAACUGUGCUGGGGUGCUGAUGUCUUUUUCUUCCUUAUAAGUCCCUCGUUAGUUGAGAUGCCUGACUUGGACGUGUGGAGUCUACAGGGAGCAGGGCACCACUGUGUGUUUGCUCUCAAGGCUUUAUUGCAAGGAUGCCAACUCAGUUUGCUUCUUCCUUCCUCUUCCAGCAAAGUACUCAGAGGAGUAAAUGUAUCAAAAGUACCCCCUCACCUUUCUUCCUUGUUUUUGGCAACUGAAGAAGCCUUUUGGGACAAAAUUUCCUACUUUCAGCUGGCUUCCAGAGCAAAUUAAGGCACUGCAUUGACCAGACAGACUUAAACAGGGAAGCAACAUCUCAUUGCAGUAAGAUAAACAAAAUAGCAGCACUGGCUGUUUGGGGGAAAGUGUUUAAUGAGGGGACAGAGAUGUUUGUAUGGGAGAAAGGUGGUGUCCAGUCCCCACCUUAUCUUCAGUAUCUCACAAUGAUGGCUCCUGUGCACUAGUGCACAGCAAGGGAAGGAGAUUAAACUGGACAAGACCAGCAAAGGCCUAACACUGCAUGGUUGAAGCAAAAAGAGCUACUCCAUCCCUGGGUGAUGGGGAACAGGACAGAAACCAGAAUCCCCCACACUUAACCCUUCCACAUAAAGAAAACCCCCAGACUUUACUACCCAACAGCCUUUGCUAUGACAACUGAGCUUUCUUGGUGCCUCGCUGCCAAAGGAACACCCAACUCUUCCUUGAACAAAUGAUAUUACUUGGAUUUUCCAAAAAAUAUAAUUUUCUAUUCUUAGAUUUUACAAAAAAACCCAAAAACUAACAACAACAACAAAAAAAAUAGAAACAAUUGGAACCAGUUCUGAUGGAUCCUACUGCAUUUUUUCUUCUUUUUUUGCUAAUGAGGUCAGAGAAGGUAAGUUGUAAGACAACAUAGCUUCAGCUGUGGGGUGAGUAGAAAGCAGAGUUAAAUAAAGGAUAAACUCCUUUUUGCAGUAUGUACUAUUUUUUCCCCUCAAUAAACUCCCAGAGCAGUCCACUUCAGUCACUACAUCUCAGCUGUCAAGAUGUUUUGUUUUAUAAGGAAAUGUUACAAGAGCAGUGAUCCCAGCCAAGAAACCUUUCUUUUACAUACCUAUUUAUAGGAGCGAUCCUGACAGCAAGUGUUGCACAAGUUGGAAGGCUAUCUUACAGCUCCUGUGUUGUUUUUUUUCUAUUACUUAAGCCUGAUGUCCCUAUUUGUAACUUUGGGAAAAAGUUAUAACAAUUACAAAUGGCAGUGAUUUAUUCCUUGAACCCCUGCAAGGUGUUUGGGUCCCUGAUAUUUGAGUAAAUUAUUUUCAUUUAGGCUCCAGGACAGCUGAACACAGUUUGUCACACAUUGGGAACUUUUAUUUUUCUAAAGGCAAAAAGGCACUAAAGCACUAAACCAAGGUGAGCUGUGCUUGUGUGAGUGUCCUUUCCCUUCAGGCAGUGCUAGUCCCAAACCCUCUGUGAAACAACUACUUAGACACAAAAGUGAAGCCACAAAUAAGUGUAAUACAGUUGACUCAAACACUGUAGCAGGGACUUCCCCCCUUUGGCCACUCAAUGAAAGGCCACAUUGGACAGUUAAAAAGUUGUUUGUAACAGCCAUUCUAAUGCUCCUGGUCUUCAGAAACACAAAGAUGUGAGGUACAGCACUAAAUACAAACAUAAAGACUUUAUUGAAUGCUGCUCAAUUCCCCAAAGAUCUUUCAUUACAAAAUUUUUCCACACAACUGCAAUUUAAGAGAUUGGAAUGGUACUCUGAUAAAAGAUGUGAAAAAAUACUUGAUCAAGUAAACAGACAAGACUUCUAUUGUCAACUUUCCACCUUUAAAAAACAGACUGCAUUUUCUUUAAAGAAAACAAGGAGUAAUUUCUUGACAUUCUUCCCUCCUUCCUGAAAAAAAAAAAAAAAA